CAGCAGAACGAAUUAGAAAGAGAGCCGAGAAUGGGGAGUCCAUUAGCAGACGGGUGCGGCGGGUUCCACGAGGACCAGCUGGACGCGAUCAGGAGGGAGCUGUUUCAGUCGGCGAUGAAGGGGGACUGGCGGCGCGUGAUCCACACCUACAGGACGCAGCCGUCGGCGUACGCGGCCCAGAUCACGAAGCCGCUCGACACGGCGCUGCACAUCGCCGUGUCGGACGGGCAGGAGCGCUACGUGGAGCAGCUGGUGGAGAUCAUGUACGGGAAGAGCGGCGCCGGCGGCGAGGAGGCGGCGGCAGGGGCGGCACUGAGGGUGAGGAACGACCACGGGAACACCCCGCUCCACAUCGCGGCGGCGCUGGGGAACGCCAGGAUGUGCGUCAGCAUCGCGGGGAGGGACAAGGCGCUGGUCGGGGUGCGGAACGACGAGAGCGAGACGCCGCUGUUCCUGGCCGCGGUCCACGGCAUGAAGGAAGCGUUCCUCCGCAUGCACCAGAUCUGCGGGGCCGAGGAUUGUCGGAGGCAUUAUCGAGGGAAGGACGGCGAGACCAUCCUCCACGUCGCCAUCGCCGGGGAAUACUUCGAGUUGGCGUAUCAGAUAAUAGUUUUGUACAAGGAACUGGUGAACGCUGUGAACACGCAAGGGAAAACCCCUCUGCACCUGCUGGCCAGCAAACCUGGCGCGUUUAGAAGUGGCAGCCACGUUGGCGGAUAUCACCAGCUUAUUUAUUACUGUACAUUUGUGGAUUUGCUUCAGCCAGAAAUGCCACGCACAUAUGCCGACCAAGGUGCCGCACCAGCGUCGUCCUACGUCCCUCCUAACUACGAAACCUGUGUUUCCUUCCUCGCAUUACCACUUGACAUAGUGAAGAGUCGAUUCAAACAGUCAAAUGCUCCGUCAGAGGAUGCAGAGAACCAGAGAGCUCCAUCAAAACAGUCAGGUAAACAUUUUAUAUAUACAGAAAAUUUUAAUAGCCCAGCCUAACGUUUUAUACCAAUCUUAUUACAAUUUACAACUCGAAGCCGGGAGUCAACAACUACUUCCUUCCAAUUACGACACGUGCUUUGAGUUCGUGAAGCUGGCCUUCAAGUCCCUCUUUGUCAUCCUUGGAUAUGGAUCGACCGAAAUGAGGAAGAUACGCGUGAAGAAGGAGAAGCACGUGUGGUCGGUCCAGAUAAUGAACGAGCUUCUCAAAGAUGCGGAGACGUACGUUUAUGAGUACAACGGCAGGAGCCCCCACCCCAUCGGCACACCUCUCGAGUUCAGCGACCUGCUCACCGCCGCCGACGACCACGACAUCAUCAACAAGCCCAAACACCUCGACACCAUCGAGACGCCGAUGCUAAUAGCGGCGAAGAACGGGAUCACGGAGAUCGUGGAGAAGAUUCUGGACCUGUACCCGGUGGCCAUAAACGACAUGAACGCCGGGAAGAAGAACAUCGUGCUGCUGGCGGUGGAGAACAGGCAGUCCCGCGUUUACGAGCGGCUGCUGAAGAGAGGGGUGAUCAGAGAGAGCGUUUUCCGCAAGGUGGACAACCGCGGGAACAGCGCGCUGCACCUCGCCGCCGCCCUCGGCCACCACAAGCCCUGGCGGAUCCCUGGCGCCGCCCUCCAGAUGCAGUGGGAAAUCAAGUGGUAUGAGUUUGUGAAGAACUCGAUGCCCUACAACUUCUUCAUCCGACACAACAAGGAAGGGAAAACUCCACGGGACAUCUUCUCGGAGGAGCACGCCGACCUGGUGAAGAGCGGCGGAGAGUGGCUGAUCAGCACGUCGGAGUCCUGCUCGGUGGUGGCCGCGCUCAUCGCCACCGUGGCGUUCGCCACGUCGUCCACCGUCCCGGGAGGUGUGGAGCCGGACGGGAAGCCGACGCUGGAAGGGCAGCCGGCGUUCCACAUCUUCGCGAUCUCGUCGCUGGUGGCGCUCUGCUUCUCGGUCACCUCCCUCGUCAUGUUCCUGUCCAUCCUGACGUCGCGCUUCCAGGAGAAGGACUUCGGGAGGGACCUGCCCAGAAAGCUGCUCAUCGGGCUGUCGUCGCUCUUCGUCUCCAUCGCCGCCGUGCUGGUGAGUUUCUGCGCCGGGCAUUUCUUCGUGCUCAGGGACGAGCUCAAGUACGCGGCGUAUCCGGUGUAUGCGCUGACGUGUCUGCCGGUCAGCUUCUUUGCCGUCGCCCAGUUCCCGCUCUAUGUUGACUUGGUACGUGCGACGUUCCAGCGGGUCCCGCGCCGGAGCUACAUGGUGGUUCCUCCUUAAUUAUUAGUGAUUUAAUAAUUAAUGUUGAUUGGCGAGUAGUUUAAUUAUACGUACCAAGACUUUGUGGCAGGCUUCCUAACAUUCUCGUCCAUUAUUACACAUAAAUUUUGUCUCAUAUAUUGGCAAUCACUUGUAUAUGAAUAAUGUGACAACUAGUCUAUUGUCAAAUUAAAUUUCAUGUGGAGUGGUUUGGAUGAGGGUUUUUAAUUUGAGAGAUUAGUGAGAGAUUUGGCUUCAAAACACUCCUUUACAAUCCCAGGAAAUGUAUACGCAAGAUUUGUUUCAAUUGACUUGUUUGGAAAUUAACGAGAGAU